GGGCACAGCCAGGUACAUGGCUCCUGAAGUGCUGGAGUCCAGGCUGAACCUGGAGAACAUUGAGUCAUUCAAGCAGACAGAUGUCUAUUCUAUGGCUCUGGUGUUGUGGGAGAUCACCUCCCGCUGUCAUGCUAUCGGAGAGGUGAAGGACUAUGAGCCUCCAUAUGGCUGUAAAGUUCAGAUGCAUCCUGGUGUGGAGAGUAUGAAGGAUCACCUCCUCAGAGACAGAGGAAGACCUGAGAUCCCAGACAGCUGGGUCAACCACCAGGGCAUAGCCAUAGUGUGCGGCUCCAUAGAGGAGUGUUGGGACCACGACCCGGAGGCCAGGCUCACAGCCCAGUGUGUUGCCGAACGCUUCAGCGAGAUAGAAGACGAGAUGGAGAAACUGUCCAGCCGCAGCAGCUCCGACGAGAAGAUACCAGCGGAGGAACAGAAGAUACCGACGACACCCGGAGAAGAGCGACAGAUGAUAGCGGAACAGAUAGAAGAGGGGAAAGUAGCGGCGGAGAGCUCUGUGAGCGAUGAGAAGUGAGGGAAGGGGGGGGGAGAGAGGACGUGGAACCCGAGGACUAGAACGUCAGUAUGUCACAAACACACAACUCAUGUUGCUAUGGGAACUAAACAACCACACCCAAACAAACAGCCCACACCUGGAAGAUAGCCAGGACAGUGGAUGUACUGUAUUACUGUACUGUACUGCUGAUACUCUUCUGUGUUGUAUUACCAGAAUGCAUACAGUAUUUAUACUGUAUAAAAUAAGUAUGUACAGUUUACAGUAUUUGGAUGUACUGUACUGUAUUGGAGGUUUCCCCACUGAAGAUAGCUCUCCCUUUGACUGAGAGGACAGGACAGGACAAUGGAAGAGAUUAUCACCAAAAACUGAGAUUACAGGACAUGACAAUGGAAGAGAUUAUAACCAAAGACUGAGAUUACAGGACAUGACAAUGGAAGAGAUUAUAACCAAAGACUGAGAUUACAGGACAUGACAAUGGAAGAGAUUAUCACCAAAGACUGAGAUUACAGGAUAUGACAAUGGAAGAGAUUAUAACCAAAGACUGAGAUUACAGGACAUGACAAUGGAAGAGAUUAUAACCAAAGACUGAGAUUACAGGACAUGACAAUGGAAGAGAUUAUAACCAAAGACUGAGAUUACAGGACAUGACAAUGGAAGAGAUUAUCACCAAAGACUGAGAUUACAGGACAUGACAAUGGAAGAGUUUAUCACCAAAGACUGAGAUUACAGGACAUGACAAUGGAAGAGAUUAUAACCAAAGACUGAGAUUACAGGACAUGACAAUGGAAGAGAUUAUAACCAAAGACUGAGAUUACAGGACAUGACAAUGGAAGAGAUUAUAACCAAAGACUGAGAUUACAGGACAUGACAAUGGAAGAGAUUAUAACCAAAGACAAUAGCACUUUAUCUGAGAUGAUAGCUAUGCAUACCAGAGGGUGGGUUAAUGCAGCACCACAUACAAGUCUAAUAUGUAUACAGUCUAUGGUUCUGGGGUAAUGUAGUCUAACAUGUUGGGGGAGUGGGGUAAUGUAGUCUAACAUGUUGGGGGA